AUGCCAUCCGCUAAUCCAACCAUCUCCAAUGUGCCCUCACUCUCCUUGGCGCCAUCCAACCAACCUUCGACAACUCCAAGUAACCGCCCCACCACUACGACGAAAUUCCCAUCCACAUCUCCCAGUGGCUCGCCCAGUGCCGCUCCGUCCAUAUCAUCGGCACCUUCGGGAAAUCCAAGUUCCUCCAGCAGUCCAAGUCUAUCCAUACAGCCUAGUGCAGCUCCUUCCUUAUCCAGUGCCCCAUCUGUAUCAUUGGCGCCUUCGUCUGCCCCAUCAGCAUCGCCAUCCAAAGCACCAAGCAGUUCCCCAACCAUUUCUCAGGCUCCAAGUUCGUCUCCUUCAUCGUCGCCAAGUGGGAUUCCAAGUGUUGCCCCAAGCAAUGCGCCCAGUGCUAAUCCAUCCGCAAACCCGACAUUAUCCAACGUUCCAACCCUAUCGGCUCAGCCAAGUUCCAAACCUUCAUUGUCCUCGGCACCAUCUCUUUCCAAACAACCCAGUAACAGUCCAACCACUUCGCCCAGUGCCAGCCCCAGCACAUCCCCAGUACUCACACCGCCCGCAUCGCCCAGCUCACCCAGUGCAAGCCCCAGUACAAGCCCCAGUGCUGCCCAAGCAACAGCCCCAGUUCCAACCCCAGUGCUCCCCAAGUAUCACACCCAGCAACGCACCCAGUGCAAACCCAUCCGCAAACCCAACGUUAUCCAACGUUCCAACCCUAUCGGCUCAGCCAAGUUCCAACCCUUCAGCAUCCUCGGCACCCUCUCUUUCCAAACAACCCAGUAG